AAUAAAUACCACCCACCAUGAUUGAGGCAUUGUAUAUAGCAGACUCGACAAAUACACUAGUGUAUGAGUAUUCCAACUCCCUUACAUCUCCCCAAUUCAAAACUCUUCUUCCUAAAAUUACAGCAGCCACUAGCUCCACUGACAUCCACCAAACCAACGAUAUCAUCCCAUUAAACAGCAAGUUCCAUUUACUCAUCCAUCACGAAUCAUCGUUGAUCUUUUACGUCUUGCAUCAAUAUUCCCAAGAUGUCAAUCCUUUAUUCCCUACAAUCUUUGUUCGUCGUCUUAUUGAAACCAUUCGUGAUUACUUUGGAGAUUUAAAGACUCCCAGUAAGAUUGAGGCUAAUAAUGACACAUUGACACUUUUGCUUUAUCAGAUGUUAGACGAUACUAUUCCUUACUAUACAGAUUUCAACAAAUUGCGUGAUUUAGUGGCAUACAAGUCAUUACUUUCCAAAUUUUUGAGCAGUGCCAGUUCUACAGCCUCCAAGGCGACGGCAGCAUUAAAGGAUACAACCGGUAUCAGUCUGGCCAAAGAGGAAAGCGAUAUUCCAUGGAGAAGAUCCAAUGUGAGACAUACCAACAAUGAGAUGUAUGUGGAUGUGAUUGAAACCGUCAGUGUUAUUCUCAAGCCGAUUCCAAAAAAAGUUGGCGCUCAACAGUUUGAUUCUGCGUUUUACUCAACUACUAAGGCAGCAGCUGCGCAGGAGAAUUACAUGAUCAGUGGGACGAUCGACGGUGAGGUGAAUUUUGUUAGUCGUCUAACUGGUGUUCCAUUAUUACAGUUGAUUUUCAAUACGCUUGGGGUCAAAGAUAUCACGUUUCCAAGCUUUCACAGAUGUGUGAAUUUAGACACGUGGAGAGAGAGAAGAGGGGUGCUAUCAUUCAUUCCUCCUGAUGGGAAAUCGACAUUAAUGAAGUAUCAGAUAGACUUGGAUCUGCAAUAUACGCUGAACCUGCAAAGGAUGGGAUUAUUGAAACAAAGCACCAUUGAUGUGGAUUUCAUAUGCCGCGAAAAUUCCAAUGAGUUUGAAAUUAGAUUGCAUUUCGGAAUGCAAGUAACAAAAGUCGAGUCAGUAACUGUUGAAAUCGUUUGUCAGGAUCCAGAAGACCAAAUCAAAUUGAAUAGAAUUACCCAUGGUGACUUCGGAUUCAAAGGGAAUGGCAAAGGUGAAUGGAAUUUACGUCAGUUAAAAUCAGGAAUUCUGCCCGUGUUCCAUGGUUCAGUGAUAUCUGAUCUCCAUAAAGAUGGAGAUAAAGAUCAAGACGACAGCGAAGAAAAGUCAGAGUCACCGGAAAAGCCCCAAGCCAAAUACACCAAACCUCUGUAUAUUCGAGUACAUUACUUGCACAAGGGUUCAGUCCCCAGUGGAUUGAAAGUGGAUAAUUUGAAGAUCAUAAGUGCCAAGGGAUUAGGCGAUACAGUCAAGCCAUACAAGGGUGUUAAAUACAUCACUAAAUCAGGUAAUUAUAUCAUUAGAUCAUAACGAACGACGAUUCUAUAAAAUGGGAGGGGUAGUAGUUUGCUAUACACAUAUUUCAAUUGGAUGAGUUUGUUACUCCAGAGUUCCUUCUUUCUUGUUUCAGUGUUAAUAGUCUGUACAGUAAAUAGAGAGAGAGCGAGCGAGCGAGCGAGCGUACGUACACCACCAUCACUCUUAUUGCUUCUUCUUACUCUUUUUUUGUUGGUUCUUGAUCAACACUUUGCCAACAAAGGUUCCAAUACCCAAGCCGGCAAUCGCCAACAAGAACAAGGGAAUCUUAAUGGCAUAGUCUCGGGAGAGGAAUAAUAAAUUGAGAAAGCUUUCUGCUUCGACAAAGGGUAAAACAAACACCCAGGUUGUGUAGUAAAUAAACACAAACGCGGCCACUGCAAGCAUACCAAAACCAAUCAACUUAUCUAAGGCCAUAAUGUAUAGUUAUUCUCUUAGAGACACGUAU